UUCCCCAAUUUCUGCCCUAAAGCUACAAUUCCUACACAAAUUUCAUUUUUUUUGCUUCUGGAAUUUUAUCAGGCGAGUUCUGCUUAACUGUCAUCCCCAUCUGUUUAAAUAAAUAUAUACCAUACUGUUAGAUUGUUGGAUAAGUUUAGUAUAGGAAUCGAGAAUUCAUGGCUAAUAACUAUGACGAACCUCUGCCUCCUGGUGUUCAAUGUGUAUCGAAUUUUUUGCCACAAUUAGCCUCUUCAAAUCAACCUGCCCAGUAUCUUUCUCAGCCGUACCAAAAUUACAGUAAUAUGCAACCACCUAAUGUGGCCCACACUCCUGGUAUCUUCCGUCCACCGUAUAGUUCACCUCAACAGGUCCCGUAUGCACCUCCAUUAAUUUCUCAACAACGACAUCCUACAAAUGAUCAGCAGUAUGUGGGAAAUUCCAAUGAUAUUGAAACUGCUGCCCAGGAUGCUGUUCUGCGUGAACAGGAUAUUGCGAUGCAGAAAGUUAUAAUUGAUCAAAGAGAAGCAAGGGCUGCAAGUGGACUGCAUGAAGAGAACUCGGACAUUUUUGCAGGGCGUCAUGAUCCUAAUGCUAUAAAGGAACAUUUACUAAAGAUGACAACUGAUCAUCGUUCUCAGAUGGCAUCAAAGCGUGGCAAGCCUGCCUCUUCAGAAGGUAACUUGGAAAUUGGGAACGGUUAUGGUGUACCUGGUGGAGGCGCUUAUUAUGGUGCUUCAAGGCCCGGCACUCUUUCAUCUGGAAGCAAUGGCAAUGAAAAGCAUGAACCUGGCCAAAGCAUUUAUGAACAGCCUAAACAAAACCCUAAUACAAAUGAUUUGCCAGAGUUCCUCAAGCAAAAGCUGAGAGCCAGGGGAAUUCUAAAAGACGAGCAAGCCAAGAAUGAUACCGCUGCAUCUGAUACUAGAUCGCAAAAUCAAGUUAAGCAAUCUCCUGAAGCCAUGGUUCCUUCAACGUUACCACCAGGAUGGAUCGAAUCUAAGGACCCAACAAGUGGUUGUGUCUUCUAUUACAACGAGAAGUCUGGAAAAAGUCAGUGGGAAAAACCUGUGAUGACUUCCUUGAACUCACAGUCACCAUCAUCCUCAUUACUUUUAGAUGACUGGCAAGAGGUACUAGACGAGACAAGUGGUUGUAAGUAUUACUACAAUUCAAAAACGAAUAUAUCACAGUGGGAACAUCCUGGUUCAUCACAGAAGCCAGCUUUGGGACAAGAAGUCAACCUCUAUUCUGGAAAUGCAACUAACCCUAAGUUCAGUGACAAGUCAUUAGAACAACAUAAAUGCUCUGGAUGUGGUGGUUGGGGAGUAGGCCUUGUACAGUCAUGGGGUUAUUGUUGUCACUGCACACGGGUCCUCGACCUUCCAGAACGCCAAUACCUUUCUAUGAUGACAGCAAGCCAACGUCAAGCUACCAAUGAUGCAACUAAUACCAAGCCAAGGUCAAGUAUGAAACCCCCGUUAGGAAAAGGAAAUAAAAAAGACAGCAGGAAACGUGCUCACGCUGAUGAUGAUGAGUUGGAUCCAAUGGAUCCAAGUUCAUAUUCAGAUGCUCCACGUGGAGGCUGGGUAGUUGGCCUGAAAGGAGUACAGCCACGAGCAGCAGAUACUACUGCAACGGGUCCUCUAUUUCAGCAACGACCUUAUCCAUCACCUGGUGCAGUUCUAAGGAAAAAUGCUGAAAUUGCUUCAUUGAGGAAGAAGCCGGAUUCAAACUAUUCCCCAAUAUCCAAAAGAGGAGAUGGAAGCGAUGGCCUUGGAGAUGCUGAUUGAAUAAAUAAUCUUGUUCCUGCAAAAUUCAAAUUUUGUAACUUCAUAUUGAAAGAAAGUAGUUUCUAGUUUGUUUUUCUUUUUCUUUUUCUUUUUGCUGCUGAUCAUAUCUGUCAAUCUGUCAUGAUCAUGUAAUCAUACAUUACAGGUCUUUUGUAAAGAUGUGGUUCGAAUGGUUUUAGUCAA